AUGGCAUCAAUACGUGCUAAUCUGAUCUGUGAACAGCAGCCAUCGAUUCAGCCUCGAGUAUCAACCCAACACUGCAUUCCGUUACCCACACACAAGGACGUCAUCGAGAUGCUAACAAACGCGAGAUCAGAAGUCCAACGUCUAUACGCGCACAUUCCUCGUCUAUGUGCAGUGCUCAGCGACACGCUGAUUGACUGCGUGAAAGACAACGGACUUCUUGAAUCCAAUCCCAUUUGUGAUCUCGAACAGGUGUUGAUGACACAAGUACGAGUUGAGCGUGGAAUCAUAAGCGCUUACAACAAGCAUCGCUUGGGUGGUGCAAAGUGGCACCAUGAGCAUCAUCGUUUGGCAGAAGGCCAGGCGGACUACAGCAAAGAUCAUAACCUUCUGGACCAGCUUGAUACGUUCCCUUUCCACUCCGAGGUUGUGCGUCGAGGCUUCAAAUUUACAGCGUUAGACCUUCGUCCGCUUUAUCAGGUACCGGAGUAUGUUGCAGUCGAUACAACGAGUACUCCUGGUACGGGUCACACCCAGACACCUUCGAAAAAGUCGGGUCGACGAGCGGACAGCUACGGCAAACUUGUUGAUGCGCCUUCCGCGGGCCUUGCCUUUCCCAAUGGCAAUAUCACUCUUGCAGAGAUAGCAGCCUUUUUGCCUGAGUCGAUCAAAUCAUGGGAUGUCAUCGAUCGCAUUGUUGGCAACGACGCGACUUCAGCUACUAUCGCACAACUGAUCAACCAUUUCCGCGACAUGCCAAGGGGUCACAUAAUGAGCAACACCAUCUAUCGAUCUAUGAAGGGUCCAAUGAAUUCUCGCGCCAAAUUUGAUAAGAAGUGGAAGCCAUGGAGCGUUGGUGUACACAAUGACAUUGCGGACCAGGACAUCGACGCGACUAGCGUGAGCGUUGCGGGAUUCCGACGGGCAGGUAUUUCUGCAGCGCCUGCUGUUCCAUUCCAGGAUCUCGCGAAAGGAGUCAAGAUCUUUCCAAGCGGGCACGAUGCUCUGGACCUUACGCGGUGCGUGGAAUACUGUCAGGAGAACCCCAACGAAAAGUGGCUGUAUCCGAAUGACUUUGCACGUCUGCUAAAUCACCUCCCUUCAGGACCUGCACAAGUCGAAGAAGGCCAUCAAGAUGCAUCGAUUGUCGAACGCUGGACUUCUAUCAAUACAACUCGUGUAACGGCCGACACGCAUGAGCCGAAGCUUAAUGCACACACUGGCCUGUCCAAGAAGGUCACAGACGACGACGAUGAUGACAAUGACGACAAUGACGACAAUGAAGAUCCGCUAGUUGGUUCUUUUGGUGACAUAUCGAAAAAGUACAUCCCUUGCAAGGAGCUCCGGCCAAAACGCAAACGCAGCGUUGACGACAGUUCAAUCUUCGGGCACACAUCUCCCCGCCCUGCAAAACGCAGAAAUGCUGUACCCAAAGCUCUCUCUCGUCUCGGGGAAUUCACACCUCAUAACCGCUCUCAGAAAGAGCGCCGUACCAUCGAUCUGGACUCCGACUCUGACUCCGACUCGUACCAAGGCCCUAAGAGGAUGAAAAAGAGAAUAGGACCUGUUCGUAGCUCAGGUCGGACGAGGAGCUUCACGGGCUCUUACAGUGUUGAGGAAGCUGUGGGCAUUGAUGAGGACGAUGAGUUGGAUGAGGAAGUGACGGACAACACGGAAACAAGCGAAGAGGAUGCUGUUAGUGGCGCAGAUGCAAAGGAAGAGAGCGACGAUGGAGAUUCCGAUGAUAUGGAUGCAUAUGAGGGAUGA